AUGGCGGCUUACAAUUUCCACCGGGAAACACUGGAAGAAACAGCCAACGCCACCGAAGCGGAAUUCUGCUCAAUCAACUGUGUUUCACUACAAAACCCCACCGGCGGUUGCGUAGCCAAAUGCGCUUCCAUCUGUCCGUACUUGUGUAACAUCAGUGACUCAUCUCCGCCACCACAAUCUCCACCGCCGUUGCCCACCGGCGGUUUUAUCCUCAGUACACCAACCCCAAAACACCACCACUCACCACUUAGUCUCCCCCUCAAGAUCUCCCUUGUAAUCCUUGUUGUCACCUUCUCUUUGUUCCUUCUUUACACCCUCUACAAAUUCUACACCGUCUGGUACCGGUCAAGACGCCGCCGCUCGCCGCCGCCAUCACCGGAGAAUCAAGAAACCCGUGAUGAAUUUCUUGAUCACGAUGUACUUGAUCACCCCAUAUGGUACAUCAGAACUGUUGGUCUUCAACCAUCCGUGAUCAGUGCUAUUACUGUCGUGAAAUACAGUAAAACCGACGGCCUCAUCGAAGAUACGAAUUGCUCUGUUUGUUUGAGCGAAUUUCAAGAAGAUGAGACGCUUAGAUUAUUACCCAAAUGUAAUCAUGCUUUCCACAUAUCUUGUAUUGAUACAUGGCUCAGAUCACACACAAAUUGCCCUUUGUGUCGAGCCGGAAUUGUGAAGAACACUCCAAAUUCUUCUUCGGACCAAAACUUGGAUGAUUCGGGUCGCACCGAAGAAACCCAAUUGGCGAUUUCGAUCCCAGAAGAAGUUAAUGGAGAAGAAAGACAAAGUGAAGUAGAUCGUGAGAGUAUUGAAUUGAGAACCGGUGUUGUAGAUGAAGAAGAAAAGGGAGAAAUGAUCGGUGGAAGUGGAACUAGUGAUUUCUUGAUCAUGAGAAGGUCAGUUUCUUUGGAUGAUUAUGCAGCCUGUAGGAUUAGAUCUGAUGUACGUAAUAAUUAUUACUCCGAUCGCCAUGAAGUUCAAAUUCAAUCCGUCAAUGGUGAUUUGGGAUUCGAGUUGAUUAAAGUCGAACAAACAGCAAACAAUCGCUCCACGGAAGAAAAUUAG